AUGGGACAACCAUCACUGCCUCAGUGGAGGCCGCGGCGGACAUUGAUAGACCUUUACAAUGAGAAAGACCAAACGCUAUGGUACUGGAGAGCAGCUGCUACUUUAUCGGCGCUCUUGAUCAUGAUUGGCUUCCUCAUAUUCCCCUCCGCCUUCAAGCAAAAUGCCUCCCUCACUAUCAGCUCAAAAUCCGCCACUAUCACUGCCAUCGUCCUCCUCGUCCUCGGCUACGUCCUCUCUUUCGUCACCGCUCUUAUUUGCCGCUCCUGGAUAUUCCAGCUCGAUAUUAUUUUCGUGCCUUGCCUAUCCUCAUCCGUCCUUGGCCUCAUCAAUAUUCUCUACAGCCUCUCCACACACGAAAAAUCUCUACAGUGGACUUCUUCAUCUAUAGUCGCUCUCGUUCUCUCUACAAUAUCGACCCUCACAUAUACUACCAUUGCCCUCCUCACUUUCCGGAAGAUCCAUAUUGUAAGAGCGAGGGAUGCGAUGCAUCGAUACCACUCAGAAUCGACGGAUGCUAUGAUGCCGGAAUCCGAGCUACAGCGGCAGCAAUUGUUACGGCUGCUGCUCCAGCAGGAGGACGCGAAGCAGCAAAACCCGGACAAUGGCCAAUCAACUUUCAAAAUCGACUGGCCUGGCAAUGCAGAUAGAAGAAGCACAGUAGUCACACUGAGGAAUCUACCACGAGCGGUGCGAAGUUCAUAUGGAAAUAGGAAUAGCGACCUAUACGGUGACCAGGAUGCGAAUCCUCCACCUCUACCGCCGAUGGAUUCAGUGACGGAAGAAGCGUCCGUGGACCCAAGAUUCGGGUCAUCAGAUGGACUUUCACCCUUGGGCGAACGUACCUACAUACCUGCGAACAAUAGUUAUAUCGAUGGCGAUAUCCCAGGCAUCGUGAACACUCGCUAUGACUCACCCAUUCGAUCCUCGCUGUCGAAUCUGCCGCAACUCCAAGCGAAUGGUUACCCUAUUGAGAAGCCUGAAAUCCAAGAUUUGAUCGUCCAGCAUCCAACUCAAAGGCCUGAAUAUCACAUCGUCGACGAACAUGCACGAGGAAGGGAUCAAUACCGCAUGGUCAACCAGCAAGGGCAACAGAGUCAUGAUGCGCCUAGGAGUCGAAGCCGGGAGAGCAGGAGGAUAGAAAUCGAGCUUGCGGAUAGGGGAAAAGCGAGAGAUGGAGGCAGGAGAAGACAGGAAUUGGAAGGGGUAGAGGUUAUUGGAAGUAUCAGGAGGGUCGAGACGGAUGGGUGGGGAAGAAGGUGA